AUGGCCUUUCCUCCAGAGUCUUCCACGACAGGGAGCGAGCGGGUCCACGAUCUUCCGGGCUAUAUGGGUAUUGGUCACUUCCUUGAGAAUGCUGUCGAUCAAGCGUGCCUCGAGCAACUUUCACAGCCAACAAGCAAACGUGUGCGCCUGUCCGAUGAUGGACUUGAGGAACUCGACAAGGCGGAGCUCAUCACAAAGAUCCGGCAUCUGGAAGCCGAGCUUGAAGACGUGAAGCAGCAACUGUCUGCCGCCUCCGCUGGUAAGCUCAAAGUGCCUACCGAGGAUAAGCCCAUCUCUGCGAAAGUCGCCUGCCGCACUAGGAACUUUGAGUGUACCAGUGGAGGCGCUGCUGCGCCGAUCGCCAAAGCCGCCUCGGGCAACUCCUUGUCCGACGCCCAGGCCGAAGAAAAGGUGGAGAUUGCUCGCAAGGUCAUGUUUAGGGGCAUCAGGAAGCAGAUGACGUGGGAACCAUCCUGCGAAACGGACUCGGCCACAUUCAGCUUCUCCUCAGCACUUCACUCCAAGCAAGUCUUUGAUGCUCUCACAAAUCAGCCUUCCGACCCCAAGAAGACAAAGAAGCAACUCUCUUUUACGGUGGCGGAAUUCGAGGAGAAAGUUGCCUUGAACUCUGUGCGAGGAGCCAGCAAUUGGCUCUAUCUCACUGGCAAGGGUGUGUUGGUGCGCUGGAAUGAGGACGAUCAGUCAUUUACUGUCACUGGCUCCUAUGGGAGAGGUGGGGAGUAG